CUCAUAUGAGACACUGCACCAAAUAAACUUCCCACUUAACUUAAAAGAAGCUAUCUAUCCACAUUUUGUCAAAUAAAAUGGAGACAGAACCAACCUGGAAUGAACUUCUUGGAAGCAACGAUUGGGAAGGUCUUCUUCAACCUUUAAAUCUCAAUUUACGACAACUUAUUCUCCGGUGUGGCGAUUUCUGUCAAGCAACUUACGAUGCCUUCAACAAUGACCAAAAUUCCAAGUAUUGUGGCACGAGUCGUUACGGUAAAAAUUCAUUUUUCCACAAAGUCAUGUUAGAAUCCGCUUCGGAUUACGAAAUCUAUAGCUUUCUAUAUGCCACUGCCCAAGUUGGCGUGCUUCAAGCCAUUUUCCUCCACUCUCUGUCCCGCGAAUCGUGGGACAGAGAGUCCAAUUGGAUUGGCUAUAUAGCCGUUACGACUGACGAAGUCAGCCGUAAACUAGGCCGUAGGGAAGUAUAUGUUGUUUUUCGUGGGACCACGAGGAAUUACGAAUGGGUCAACGUUUUAGGGGCUGGUCCUAAAUCUGCUAACUCUUUGCUUCGUCCUAAGGCUUUUCAAAAAGGCAUUUUAAAUCAAGACGAGGACAUCAAAAGCAGCGAGCCCCCACUUGUGGGAUCACAGUGGUUAUGUUGUUGUGACAACAAAAACUUCGACGAUGAAGAUGAGGACGAGGUCAAAGUAAUGGAUGGGUGGCUCAAGAUUUACGUUUCAAGUGACCCCAAGUCGUCCUUUACGAGACUAAGUGCAAGAGAACAACUUCAAACGAAAAUCAAAGAAAUUAAAAAUCAGUACAAAGAUGAGAAUUUGAGUAUAACUUUUACAGGGCACAGUCUUGGUGCUAGUUUAGCUAUUUUAGCAGCAUUUGAUGUGGUUGAAAAUAGUGUCCCAGUUGAUAUUCCAGUAUCUGCAAUUGUCUUUGGUAGUCCACAAGUUGGGAACAAGGCAUUCAAUGAAAGAGUCAAGAAAUUUCCAAACUUGAACAUCUUACAUGUUAAGAACAAGAUUGAUCUCAUUCCCCUGUACCCAAGUGGUCUGUUGGGGUAUGUGAAUACAGGUAUAGAUUUAGUUAUCGAUAACAGAAAGUCUCCGAGCUUAAAGGAGUCGAAAGAGACGGGCGAUUGGCACAACUUGCAAGGGAUGUUACAUGUUGUGGCAGGUUGGAAUGGGGAAGAUGAAGAGUUUGAGUUGAAAGUGAAGAGGAGUGUGGCAUUGGUGAACAAGUCAUCUUCUUACUUGAAAGAUGAGUAUUUGAUUCCAGGGUCAUGGUGGGUUGAGAAGAAUAGAGGGAUGGUUCUUGAUGAAAAUGGGGAGUGGAUUUUGGCUCCACCUUCAGAUGAGGACCUUCCAGUUCCUGAGUAUUGAAUUUUUUCAGAUUUUUUUUGGAAUGAGCAGUUUGUUCACUUUGCAAUUUUCCAGUUGAUAGUAUUUUUUUGGUUUUCCAUCCGGUGUUCGAUAUUUGCUUUGAAGUGCUGAUUGAUGCGGAUUCGUGCUGUGUAAGACCAUUAAAGAAGGGAGCAUUUCCUACCAAGGUUUUUUUAUUCCCAAGACUCGAACUCGAAAUUUAUGGUUAAGGGUACCUUGGUGGUAAAACAUUUUAUAUUUUUUCACCAAACUGGUAUUGGUACUAGUAUGGUGAGGGAAUCUUAGUAGCUUAGUUAGUUGUCUACAUGAACUUUCACCUUGUUGGUAAAGGUUCGAUUUCCCACCUUGUAAUCACCUCCACCUUUCCCCUUCCCCUACCCUAUGUAAUUUAAAAAAUAAAAAAAAAUAAAAGAGUACUAGUAUGGUGUGGUACAUGAUUGAUUGUCAUAAUAAUAAAAUAAAUAAAGAUUCAAGAUA